GCCGAUGAGCAUAACUGUCGUCAAUGUAUAUGAAGGGAGACAAUAGCUCAGCAAUACAAGAGUCUCGAACUGUUCCAAAAAAGAAUAUGUCAGCACAUUCAACUCGAAAAGUAAAUGAUUCCCCUCCGCUCGUCCACCCUCCAUUCAAUCGCUACAGAUUGAACCUCCACGCAUGCUAUUCAGGCUAAAAAAAACAGAUUGAUUCCCCCACAUAGAACGGAAGUUUAUGAUUCAGACAGUUAGGGAUUUGGGAUAUUUUCAAUCUCUUAUUAUUAUGCAAACAACCAUUUUAGGCUUUUUUUUCGUUCUGGACCUCCCUGUCUCCCCUUCCGUCUAGUAAGGAUCUACCCUGCAUAGUGUUUCAUUGAGAGUGCAUACUCAAGCGGGACACGCUUAGAAGGAUCUACAAAGAACACAUUGGGAUUUCAAAGGAUAUCUCCUACACACACACACACACACACACACACAUCACUGGACAAACACAUCGUGAUUUUUUGUUUUUUUUUUGUUCCUGUUUUAUGGUCCCUCAUCAUGUCUCAGCAUGACCAUCUAGACCCUCUCAAACGACUCGCAGCUGCCCUCCGCGCAACACGGAACGACCCUUUACCAGCUUCUUCGUCUUCUUCUUCCUUUUCACUUCGCCGCCACCUCAUCCGCUCCACAUCCCUCCAACAGCCCCAGACUUUACACCCGCUUGCCCAUCGCGCCAGAUCCUGUCCCUCCUCUCCUCGCAUGUCCCAUUCAAAGCGCUCAUCAGUUUCAUUUGGCGCUUUAACGGUUUAUGCUUUUGAUAGUGCUGAGGCGCCUGCUACUCGGUCGGGGAGUAUUGUGAAUUUAAGUUGCGGGACGCCGACGGCGACUGCUAAAGGCUCGAUAUUUGUUUCAUAAGAGAUCUAUAGGUUUUUUUUUGUUCAUCGUUUGUUUCUGUAGCGUUUCGUUUAGCGUAGUUUGGGCUGUUCAAGAUGGAAAGCACAUUUUGUGUUGAAAUAGAAUUGGAAAGCUUGUUGCCAUUUGUUGUGGAGAGGAA